AGUACGCAUGUCGUUGGACAGAGAAUAUUAGGGUUACUGCUUCUUUAAGUUCUUUUUUUGGGAUGGGCUAUUUUCAUAACGUCAUUUCAUUCCUCCCUCUUUUUCAUUUUCUCAUUCUUUGAUUCUUACUCCCCACAUUUCCUAAAUGGAACAGAUUAUCCGACCCUCCACAUUGUCUUGCUUUCAGAAUUUUUAUUCAAACUUUUUAGUUUUACAUUCCUCAAUUUCGGCAACUGACUUUUUCUGGCGUCACGUUAUUUUCGGAGGGCAGAUAUUUUAACGGACGUAAACUGGAGGUGGCGAUGGUGGAAGUGUUGAUGAUGAUGGUGAUGAUGAAAAUGAUCUGUGAAAAAUGAUCCACUAACUUGUCUGUCUUUGCCACUUGCCAAGUCAUACGCUCCUUUUCACCAUGAUGUAUUCACCCCUCUGUCUAACUCAGGAUGAGUUUCAUCCGUUCAUCGAGGCCCUACUGCCGCAUGUGCGUGCCUUCGCCUACACCUGGUUCAACCUGCAGGCGCGCAAGCGCAAGUACUUCAAGAAGCACGAGAAGCGCAUGACCAAGGACGAGGAGCGCGCGGUCAAGGACGAGCUGCUGGGCGAGAAGCCCGAGGUGAAGCAGAAGUGGGCCUCGCGCCUGCUGGCCAAGCUGCGCAAGGACAUCCGGCCGGAGUGCCGCGAGGACUUUGUGCUGACCAUCACGGGCAAGAAGGCGCCCUGCUGCGUGCUGUCCAACCCCGACCAGAAGGGCAAGAUGCGGCGCAUCGACUGCCUGCGGCAGGCCGACAAGGUGUGGCGCCUGGACCUGGUCAUGGUCAUCCUCUUCAAGGGCAUCCCGCUGGAGAGCACCGACGGCGAGCGGCUGGUCAAGGGCGGCCACUGCGCCAACCCCAUCCUGUGCGUGCAGCCGCGGCACAUCAGCGUCUCCGUCAAGGAGCUGGACCUCUACCUGGCCUACUUCGUGCAGGAGAGAGAGUCAGAGCAGAGCAGUAGCCCCCGCACCGGCAUCGGAUCUGACCAGGAGGAUAGCAGAGCCCCCACCAUGGAUGCUCCUGAGUUUCAGGACAGCUUUGUGACGUCUGGGGUUUUCAAUGUAACAGAACUGGUACAGGUGUCAAGAACUCCGGUGGUGACAGGCGGGGGUCCCAACUUCUCCCUGGGGGAGCUGCAAGGGCACCUGGCCUACGACCUCAACCCUACAGGGGUGGGCAUGCGGAGAACCCUGCCCAGCACCUCCUCCAGUGGGAGUAAGAGGCAUAAGUCGGGCUCCAUGGAGGACGACAUUGACACCAGCCCUGGAGGGGAGUACUACACUUCACCCAACUCCCCCGCCAGCAGCUCCCGCAACUGGCAGGACGAGAUGGAGGGAGGGAUUUCCCCCACAGUGAAGAAGACAGAGAUGGAUAGUCCGUCUCCCCAGGAGAGCUCCCCUCGCCUCGGCUUCACCCAGCACCACCGGCCUGUCAUCGCAGUGCACAGUGGCAUCAGCAGGAGUCCGCACCCCUCCUCGUCUUUGCACUUCCCCACCGGGCCGCUGCUGCCCCAGUCGGCCUCCUCCUACUUCCCCCACACGGCCAUCCGCUACCCGCCACACCUGGGCUCACAGGACCCGCUCAAGGACCUCGUCUCCUUGGCCUGUGACCCAUCCAACCAACAGCCCAGCCCGCUGAACGGCAGUGGCCAAGGGAAGGUGCCCAGUCACUACAUCUCGUCCCAGAUGCUGGCGCCCCCACCGCCCCCCGGCAUGCCCCGCCUGACGUUGCCCCCCGACUCCAAAUCCGGCACCACCACCGCAGAGGGAGGAGCCAGUUCUCCCACGUCACCCACAUACUCUGCUCCAGGGACGCCACCUGCCAACCGCUCCUUCGUAGGCAUCGGACCUCGGGACCCUGGUCUCUAUCAGGCACAGUCCUGGUACCUGGGGAACUGACGGACACAUGGACAGAGGCCACGAGCAUGAGCUUGGAUUUCAGAUUCAUCACUUUGUGGAAUUCAGAAAAAUAAAAAAUGUAAAGAAGAUGCAAGAGGGAAAACGUAUAUACAUAUAUAUGAGGUAUAUGUAUAUAUAAACAGUGUAUAUUUAUACACAUCUAAAUAUAUGUAUCUCCAUGUAUAUAUAUAUUUAGAUAUGUAUACUGAUCUAAAAAGAUGCUUUUUGAGUGACGAUCGCAAGGCAGAGGAGAAACAGGCCAUGGACAGAGACUAGAGGUGAGAAGAGGAUGUUUUGGGGCAGCCACAUGAACUUAGAGGGGGGCAAAGACACUACCCCCCCCCCCCCCCAAAAAAAAAAAUCUACCCCAGCAAGCUUCCCCCGUCCUCCUGGGAUGCUCUUCCUCGACGCCCUCCCUUCCCCUCAGCUACGGUGCUGCUUUCUCAUAUAUGCAAAACAAAUAUCCUUUAUUUUCUUAACCAACAGGGAAGAGAAAAUCUGACGACGUUCCGGUGGCGACGCUUUUGCUCAUGGAUUACACGGAUCCCCAGAUUUUUUUCCAAGAAAAAAAAAAGUGGGAAAGGGACGAGGGGCAACGUUUUAAGAAACAAAAAAAAAAGCGUCUUUAAAAAAAAAAAAAAAAAUGUUUUCGAUUGGUGGACAGCUUCCCUUUCAAGCGAUAUUUUGACGAAAAGAAGUCAGCUUUUCAUCCAAUUUUAUUGACAAUCAUGAAUCUGUCAGUUCCUUUGUUCUGAGAUUUUUUUUUUUCUUUGGAGGAAACACUGCAACAUUUAUACUAGGAGCCACUUUUUCGUGGAGGCCUUCUCAUUCGAAACACACUGAUGUUGAUGAUGCUUCUGUGACAAGAAUAUGCACACCCAGAGAAACACAUACGCACACACACACACACACACACACACAUACAUACACACGUGCUCACACACACAUACAUACUGACAAGGGUCAGUAUUGUGGUAGGGUGAAGACUUGAAAGUUCAGGGUAUGAUGUCUUUUUUUGGCUGAUGCUUCUGACAGACAUCAAAAGAAGAGAGCGUAAAAGUGUAGCCGUUUCCCUUGAUGUGUUUGUAUGUGUGUGUAUGUGUGUGUGUGUGUGUGUGUAUGUGUGAGUGAGUGUGUAUGUUUGUGUGUAUGUAUGUACGUACACGUGUGCAGAGACUGCUAUUCUGAUCAUUGUCUUGAUAGUCCCUUCCCAUUGCCAAUCCAUUGGCCUUACCCAACCUAACGUUCUUUUUAAUUUUUUAGUAUAGAAAGGGGGGUUCAGUAUAUUCUGCAUAGUGAUAAAGGGAGUACCGGGCCUUAUUCUGUUACUAUCAUGACAGUAUUGGGUGUAAAUGAUAGGUCUUUCUUCUUUGUUUUGCAUUGACUUAAAAAUUGCUUUGGAAAUUACAUGCAUUGCACUACUAUACAAUUAAUUUUCCUCUCUGCAGCUUCUCUUUUUGGACUAAUCACAUGAAAUGCUGCAAGUCAGAGUUAGCCAUUAGGAUUUUAUUGUCGACUUUUUUUUUUUUAGUUAUUUUGGUAGCAGGGUACAUGAGUUGUGAGUGUCGAGCUAUCAGUAGGAUCAAAAUAACCCAACCCUUCUGUGUUCAUCAUAAUCAUAUAGUCAGACGUGGAAAAUGUUUCCAAGUGUGUGCGCAUUUCUGGGGGAGAAAACAAUUAAUUUUGGCAGUUCAACUAUUUUUUAAAGUCUGUAUCUUCAUUCAGUGGAAUGACAGAGCUGUCUAUGUGAUUUCAAAAAUAGACAAUUUUUCAAAGGGGGAGGGAGGGGUGGUUGCAUCAUAAAACCAAUGGCACGAUUGUGCGUGUGUUAGCGAUAGAAGUGAGUCGUCACUGUGUGUGUGUGUGUUUGUGUGUGUGCGCGUGCGCGUGUGUGUGUGUGUGUGUGUGUGUGCGUGAAUCAUCAUGACGAUAGUGAUGCCACUGGCACCACAAAGUCACGUGUUGGUGACAGUGUUUGUGCGUGCCUGUGUGUGUAUAUGUGUGUGCGUGCGUGUGUGUGUAUGGGCAUGGCUGGGGUUGUGGCCUGUAGACAUCCUCAUGGAGGGCUGGUCUGCCAGUCAUAGAAGUUGUGUUUCUGUGCCCGAGCUCUCUCUAUGGCUGGUGCCUGGGUCCCACUCCUGUGAUGCAAAGGAGCUAACAGCGAGCUCAGACAAGGGCACAGCAGACUGGGCAAAUGGGAUUUGUACUGAUGUAAAAAAAACAAAAAAAGCAAAACAAAAACUAAUCCACAUCAGGGCUUCUGACUCCUCUACCAAACCCAAAUCUCAAAGCCAUGAAAAGUGCCUAAGACAUUGCAAGAGUUUGAAUUGUUUUCUUUUCCUUCUUCUUCUUCUUCUUCCUCUUCUUCUUUCAAAUGAAUUGUUUAGUUUGUUUGUUUGUUUUUCCUUGUGAACGUAUGAGCCUGAAUUAGCUCCAGGUUGGCCACACAAUGGUGGGAAGGAGAGUGGGCGAUAUUGAGAGAGUAUGAGCAAGAGAGAGACAGACAGAGAGAGAGAAAGAGAGAGAGAGAGCUCUCAAUCCCCGAAUCUCUCAAAUGCACCUUUUAUGCGUGUCCUUCUGAACUGAAGUCACCUUCUGAAGCUACGAGAGAGAGAGAGAGAAUGAGAGAGAGAGAGGGAGAGAGAAGAAAAUAACAACCCCCCCAGCUAUCGGCACAACCGCAUAACCGAUACAUAUCAAUGUUAUAUGCAGAGGCUUACUGGAAACAGUAUACAGCUAACAAUAAUCCAGAAAACACAGAUGCAGUAGUCUCUCGGAAUUCUGACUUUUUCUUUUCAAUACAGCUUUGCGAUGGCAAACUUUAAAACCAGUUGAGUUGCAAUCUGAACCCAGACUUGUGAAGAUUAUACACAAAAAUGAAUUGUUUAUACAAGGGUGCUGAUAUAAAAAAAAUGAUCUUGAUAUAUAUAAAUGCAUGGUGCUUUCAAAAGAAAAAAAAACAUGGAAACUUGGCUCUUAAGGCCACCGUAAUGCGAACAUGGGUGCAUGGCAGAUGCUCUUAGUACCCCUCAGAAGCUGCCCUGCCCCAUUCUACAACCCCUACUCUACCCCCUGCCCUUACCCCACGACUGCCCCAUUUUCUCCCCAGACCCAUGGAAUAGAGAGCCAGAGAUCCAGAUGGGUUAAAACCGUUUAACCACGUUUCUUAUGAUUUGUAUUCCCUGUCCCUCUUCUACUUUGCACGAUAUUUUAUAUAACACAUUAUGUGCCUUGCCUUUAGUUAAGAACAGUAAUACAUGAUUGAAAGACAAAAAUGUAAAUUUGUUUCUUUUACUGAUGUAACCAGUAUCGCUGCAAAAAAAACAACAAAACAACAAAAAAAAACAAUAACAGUACAAUGCUGCAUGUUUGAUUGCUUGCCAUUAUCCAAUUAGAAUUAACAGAUGAAUUCAAAUAAGUCGCAGUUUUUUUUGGAACUGAAAACAAAUGGAUUCUCAUCACCUUUGACUUCCCCCUUUUUAUAAGAACAGUGACUGUCUUUCCUGUUAUUCGCAUGGAAUCAAUGCUACAUGUUUUACUUUAUGACUUUCAGUUUUUCUUUCUUUCAGUCUUUAAUGUGUUCGAUUUGAUGGGUUUGUGUUCUGUUUUUGUUUUUUGUUUUUGUCUCUCGUCGGUGUUCUGUGGCUUUCUGCUCACUCUGCCCCAUUCUGCUUCCGCUUAUGCAAUGUGAAAUAUGCAAUUCCAGUACUCAUCUCCACUUUGGCAGUGUUUUCCCAGAUCAGUUAGGGGGUUUUUCUUUUUAUAACGAGAGGAGUUCCGAAUGUAUUUAGCAGAUAGGAGAGCAGAGAGCACAGCGGUCUGUGUCACAUACCCGCGCAACUGAGAGUGAUCCAAGCAGGAGAGCCAAUCGAGCCUUGUUGUUUUGCACCAACGACGUAGUUUAGGGGUUUUUUGCUCCUUUGGUGACAGGGAUCAAAGCGAAAGAGAGAACAGACACGCCUGAUUUAUGUCACCGGGGUGUGAGGAAAGUAUUUGCACAGAACAAGAUUGUAAAGUACUGAGCUAGUUUUAAGGAGUGCAAUCAGGUCUCUUUUAUCCACUUGGGUUGCAAGGGUUUUUGGACCUGAGCUGUUUGUAGUUGACACAGGAAUGGCAGUCUCAGCACUUUUAUAAACUGUCUUCAGUGCAUUUGAAAUUGAAAUCCAACCUUUUUUUUGUUAUACACGUUGAAAGCCAUGUGUUCAAAUUCUAGCUAUAAUAACUAUAUUCAGACCAGAGAUGAGAGAACUUUUGUACUCGCACCUAUAGAGCAGAGUUUAAGUACUGAAGGAUUGUGGAAACAACUAUGACUGGAAUAGCUAACUUUUUCAAUGAGAAAUUCUUACGUAGAAUGUACACUGUCUUGUUGCAUUCGUCAAUGUUGCGCUGGGUGCAGUGCUUCAGAACUUGUGUGUGUGUGUGUGUGUGUGUGCGUGUGUGUGUACGUGUGUGUGCGUGCAUGCGUGUGUGUGUGUGUGUGUGUGUGUGUGUGUGUGUGUGUGUGUGUGUGUGUGUGUUGUGUAUGUCUUUGGAUGUGCAAGGUUUAACGUACAGUAUGUAUGAAUGUGUGUGUGUACUGUGAUAUAUAUUUCUCUUAGCAAGUUGAUGACAGACACAGAGAAAGGAAAGGAAAGAAUGUGUUCAGGUGGAUGAGAAUGAACUGAAUCUGAUCGAUCAGAUCUACCACAGCACUUUGCUGUCUUUCUCAGAUUGUAAAUAUAUGAAUGCAAAUGUGCCACAAACAUGGGGAAGAGUCAGCAUCGGAUGGACUUUUUAAAAGAGAGAGUGAGAAAACGCUAAUUUAAUUUGACUCAAAGCAAGGUUUCAAAUUUCUUUUCUGUAGACAUGUCAAUAGAGCACUACUAACUUGUGUGUAAGGGAACAUAGUUGUAACUAUUGCACAAGAAUUGUUGAAAAAUGCAAUAAAUUGCAUUGUCCAUGUCAAAUCUCCUCAAGAAUAUUUUGCUAACAUUCGGUCCCUCAGACACAUAUAAGCAAAUAGUUCUCACUCCCCAUUUUGUGAUUUUGUUGUCGUUACUGAAGUAUUGGUUAGUUCUACUUUGGAACUCUUAUCAUAGUUGUAGUGCAGAGACAACAACAACAGAAAAACUCUAAGCAACAGCGCCAUGGCAACCAGAACCUGACUCCGAGAAGGAGCUAGAAUAUUGCUGUCUCACAGUACUGCCCUCUCUGGAUAUUCAGGCUUCUGAGACCUUCACCUUUUUUUUCCUUCUUUUUUUUCCAAGCAGAUACAUCAUAGCCUACCUUUUGAAAGAGCUCCUUAAUACAGUCUAUCGUAGACUUAGCUUUGUAUGACAUGUAGAGUAUUACUUUGUGAGUUUGUACAUGCAUAGAUUCAUUCUAGUCCCUGAAUUUGGCCUGUGCUGUUCACCACAGCAAAAUGCCAUUGGUUUUGCUUAUCCCCAUGCCUAUGGUGAAUAAAACCAGAGCUAUUGUAUUCUAGACGUGAUAAGUCUGAGUUAGGAAGAGGUCAAGUAAGCCCAAUUAUAGCCACCAUAAUGAUUUUUUAAAACCUGUUUUUUUUCUGUAGUUUUUUCUUUUUCUUUUUUUUAAAAUUAGUGGUUAGGUGAUAAUUUAUAAUUUCUUACUUAGUAGUGUAAUGGGAGUAUAUUGAAUAAGAGAAGAUGUUGUGUUAUUUUUUUCAACAGGGUCAAAAGGCCAUGUGAUAGUUUGUUAUGCAGUGUACAGUAUUGUUUCUGCAAUGGAUAUUGCAACGCUGGUAGCUAUUAAGAUUUGCUGGUAGCUAUAAAGAGUUUUCAGUGAAAUGGCAGAACAAGAGGAAUUGUUUACAUGCUCGUCUUAAGAUCUUGGCAGUGACGGUUUAUGUGCCCUGGUACUGGCCCAGGUUGAAGUGGAGUGCUGUAGCCAAACGCAUUCCAUCAGAUUCAUACGACUCACACGUCUCGCAAGAUGCUGCCAUCAUUCAGCAAGCAAUUUUGUAUUUUUUAAAAACAGGACAGGUGACGGGAUGAGCGUCUGCUCCCCCAUCUGGGGGGUCAAAGUGCACAGUGGGGGUCCACUUCCUGUUAUGCUAUUCACAAAGGCUGGGCUGUCUUUGCACAAAAUGUCCAUGUUUAUAUUUGACAUUGCCAUCGGGCCUUUGAUUUGUAACUUGAAUUUGAAUGACUGCUGUAUAUGCGUAACUAACGACAAAAUGACCAAAAUCUCUUCGGUAUAUGUAAAUUCACCUAGUCUAGUCCAGGCCGGUCAACUGUGGACACAUGGCCCACCAAUCAUUCCAGCAGUCUUUUGUGUACCUGUAUAGUCAAAACACACACCUGGACACAACAUCUUACAUGAAUCCAGCCAGCGACCAAACAGUCGCACUCAGCCCAACCCCCUUAUCCACUCGCCCACCACUCGAACCCCCCCGCGGGCAGACUGUCUCGCUCCACCACGUGUCCUGUGAAGAUUUGCACUGCUCCACACCCACCCAUCGAACUCUGUCACACAACCAGCCUGGGCGCGGCCAUGGGCACAUACAGUAGGGGGACUGGGGUCCGAUGCCACCAUCUAGUCUAGCCUGCACAGUUAGUCCUGCAGCGCCGCCUAGGGGCUGCAGUGCGCAUGCGUGUCGCCUCGCCUCGCCUGCACGCGCCUUCCUAUUCGUCCUUUUUUUUUCUCUUUUUUUGGCUUUUUCGUGUACCUUUACUCAGCCACGCCAGACAGACUGACAAACACACGCAAAUCUGAAGACCACCCAGAUGGCUGCACCUGUCUGGUCGGGUUACCGUAUCCCAAAACACCUUCCUUUUUAAACUGGCCACAUGUGAUGAUUGAACUUACUCUGACAAUAUUAUGCAUUAGUGGAUGCAUGUAAAAUAUUAUCCUUAUCUUAUUUCUGAACCCUUGACUAAUAUUUUUUUUAUAGUUUUAGUAAUUAUUAUUGUUAUGCUUAAUGUUUAAUUGUUACAUUUUGGACACAUUAUCCUGUGUAUAAAUCCUUACAGUAUAUCAAGUAGAAUGAAAAAAGGUAAAAAUGUACAUAAAAAAUCUUCUUUUUUUGUAUGAGAAAAUAUAUGUUUAUGUUUCUUGUGUUUGGGUUUAGUUGUCAUAAGCUUGUGGCCAAGCCACAAUAAGUGAGAAUUCCUUCUAAGGGAUCUGUUGUGGUCGGUGAGCGCACCCACCAAUGCUGCACGCCUUUUUAAAGAAGGUACCUGUCCUCAGGUGGAAUGCCUGAGCUUUGGACUCCAGUAAUUUCAGCAUCACUUGUCGUCAUUUUAAACAGAGUUAGCUUCAAGGGGAUAUGCAAAUUCCAUUGCCAUUUUUUUCCCCACAACUCAUCUAACAGUUUUUGCACUUCUUGCAUUUUCACUAUUGUGCAAGCUUCAAGAUCUUAAAAAAAAACUUGUUUUUUCUUUUUUUUCUAUUUGGAAGAUUGCACUAGAUAACCUGGUAUUGGUAUUGUUGUCUAAGGAUACUUCUUUUUAAGAUGUGCAUCUCUGGAAAUAUUUGUAGACCGUCAACCCUCUAUGGUGUACUUAGAGAAAGAACUAAGUUGGAGAAAGAGCUGCUUUUGUUUUUUUUUCUUUAUUGUUGUUAUUGUUUUACUUUUUUUCUGUCUGUGUUGAAAACCAGAAAUAUAAAUUUUGCCCCUUGUAAUGAAAUCCUCAAUCGAUGUAGGAUGUAUCCUCCUCUCUUGAAUUGUAGGGACUUCCUCUUAGAACGUACUGUACUUGGACCUGUGAGGUUCUAGCUUGCAUGCCUGUGCUCACGGUCCGGUUCGCGACAAUCACCGGCCGGGCUGACAUGCAGUCCGACCCAGGCCUGUGGCUUGGUACCGUGUUAGAGUGAGGUGAAGUCCUAAUGGAGCUGGAGCUAAGAGCACCCCCUCCCUCCCACUCUACUCCGAGUGCCUUUCUCACCAUAGACCCAUGCUGAAUGUCUCCAUUGGCUGUAGGUACAGGUAUGCACUGUUUGAAUGAAAUGAUAGGAGACCUGCUGCUGUUGUUUGCGAGACAUCCUUUUUGUAAUGAAAUGAUUGGGGACAAUAUCUAAAACAGUGUCUGGUAGCGGUGUAGUGAUCGGACAAAGCACAAAAAGCUGGCCUAGUAGCGUAGGACACUGACGUCAAGAAAAUGAAGUUUGGAGAGAGCAGAGGCUUGGCACUUUUUUUCGCGGAGGCUGAUUUGUCCCGUUAGAGCGACACAAAGGUCGGACCGGGGAGAAUCGAGAUGUUCGGCCACCAUCAUUGAGGGGUGCUUUAUGAGGUGUGAGACUCAGGUUAGUCAGAGGAUCAUGAGGAGAAGAAAGAGGAAUUGCCCACCCCCCAUCCCCUACCUCCUGUGCAUUGCUUUUUGUCCUUAUUUUCCUCUUUUUGUUAUUUUCACAUUCUGUUUUUUGCAUAAUGUUCGCAACUCCAUUGAGCGUCAUGUUUUCCUCCUUAAGCAAGGGCUGGACAAUUUCUUCAGGGCAGAAACUACAUCAUUUGAGUUUGCUCCAUUUUCAUCCUUAGUUUUGGCUGUGUUGUAACAUCCAAGUCCUUGUCUGUCGGGUAUUUUUUAAUUUAUCUUAAAUCAGAUAGAAAACACUCCUCGUAUUGAACCCAGCUGGUCAAAAUGUCCUCUUAAAAUAAUCAAUCCCUUAAUCUCAGUAAGGGCUAAGUGCACUGGCAAGGCACUCUCAAUAAACUUGGAUCAAGUUGGCUUCAGAGAAAAACGGUACUUAGGAAUACAAUUUAGUCAUAAAAUCUGAGUGGAAAUCAACAUGUAUGUUCAAGUCCUCAAUCAGCGUUCGAGAUGGGUGUUUUGAUAAUAAUAAUACUCUGGUGUUGGUUCAUUUCUGUAGAUGUAGUGAGCUCUGUUCACUGAGACAUGGGAAACUCAAGCCAUGCUUGCUCCAGGUUUGUUUGAAGAGACAGUAUUCUGACUCUUGGGACUUUGUAUCAGAUCCACCCCUCUGAGGAGCACAUAGGUAAGCCCUAUAGGCUGUAUAGUUAGCGAGCCAUGCUAAUAUGAGGAUAUUAAAGACUGUUUCUUUGAGUCAAAACACAUUUCCCAGUCCCUGAGAAUGAGAUGGAAAGUGAGCAUUUUCUCUCAAGGAGUCCCAUAGGAGUUGUUCAUGAAGCGAUAAUGCAUAACCCACUGACUGAAUGGAAUUCAGUCGCAUUUAGGGAAUUGUGACAAAGGUUUUUUAUUUAUUUUCUUUUCUUUUCUUUUUUUUCUGGUUUGUUUGUUUAUUUUUUUAUUCCAUUCCUCUGUAAAAAACCAGCAGGUAAAACUAAAAUCCUAAACACAAACACAAAUAGUCAAUACCAAAAAUUGUUUCGACAAGCAGUGCCUCUCAUCUUACUGCUAAUCUCUGUCAGUUUCAGCUUUCACCUUCAUCCAACUCUUUUAAGUUAAAUGGCUUGACAUGUGCUCUCCCUUUUUGUUUGGGGUAAUUUUUUAAGUUUUAAGGGGGACUGGUUUUGGGUUCCACCCAUCCACCAGAUCUUGCACUUGGUUCCUAAUAAUACCCCACUGCACAGAGUGUGCGUGGAAGGCACUCCCUCUGUCAACAAGUUGGGGGAAAAACAUGAGCAUUCUUGGCAGUUCCAGAACUCUUUUCACCAUGUGAUCCAUUCUUUUCAGCCCACAUGUUAAAUAAAUGAAAAUGAUGAUAAGAUAGUAAUAACAACAUGAAUCACUGUGGCCUUCUUCCAUGGCCAAAUAUACUCCUAAAUGCUCCUGAUGGUUUGAGACUGAAAUUCACUGACAUGGUGUUGGAUUGAGCUUUGUUAUUUGGUCUGACCUGAGGUGCCCCAACUCUUCGUCACAACAUUUGUUUUUAUUCGUAUUUUUCAAUUAUUGUUUUUUUUUUUCCUUGUCCAUUCUUAUUAUUUUGUUCUUUUGAAGCAUGCUGUUUUUUCAAUGUGAGUUGAAGUUGAUUUGAUGGAGAAGGGAUGAGGUCGAAAUGUUUCUCAGAGAACAUUUGAAUGCAGUGUUAAAAUUUUAAGGAUUUUCUUUUUUGUUUUGUUUUGUUUUGUUUUUCAUUAUUCUUUACAAAUAUUACCAUAGUAGUUACUCAUUAUCGCUUGCUUGCUGCACAGACAUACACUUCACACCAGGAGAGGGCAUGUGGACAUUUAGUUAGAACACAUCCAGUAGAAACAGACCGCAAAUGAAACUGGCAUUAACACACCGAUCUCCUUUCACAGCUUGUGAUUUUUCUUUUCUUCUAUUUGUUUUCUAUUCUGAACUGUUGGGAUGAAAAUUGUAUCAGCAAAAGUCGGUAAUCAUAUUUUUUUCCAAGUAAUUAUUUGAAAAUGGAGAACAAAGAGACUCUCUUUUUUCUCUUACACACACAAAAAAACAACUAAAUUUGCCAUGUGUUUUUGAACUGGUGUGGGGGGGAAUUUACAGCUUUGACAAUAUUUCAUUAUAACAUUGUAUUCAGCCAUCGCUGUUAGCAAAAUGCUCAUGAUUACAUUACUGGAAGUGAGUAUGUUUCCCUAUGCAAAAAAGUAUAAAAAUAAUAAACAAGCUAUGCUACAACUCAGAACAA